CAGUAGCUGUCAGUGCCAUAGCUCAAAUAGAGUUUAAUUUUUUUAAUAAUAAUAUGCUCUCGUCCUAUUAUCUAGGCAUAUAAAUAAACAGCAUUUCCUACACUCCCAUCACAGGAUUGAGUGUAAAUUGUUCUGUGCUCCUAUCGUUAUUUCAUGCAAUAUUUAUUCGUUUUUUUUAAUGAUAUUAUUAUUUGUGAUUAUACAGAUUAUCAAUGUUUUGGUAGUCGUUACUCGGACGCUCACUGCCCAGUCAUUCGCUCGAUGGUGUCUCACCUUCACUGUUCACUAAUCACUGGUCAAUGAUUAUCACAAAUAAAUAUUAAAUUCAUAAUAAUAUUAUUACCACACAUCGUUUAAAUUUUACCAUUAUAGUUUAAUAACUUUUAUAUUAUUAUGUAAUUACUAAUUAAUAUUUACUUGUUUACGUACUGGAUGACACGAAUGUCGAAUAAUCACAUUUGACACAAGUCUCAAGUGGACACACGAACUUACUUGCCCGAGCAAGAGUAACCGCCGUUCGUUUUGUCCCAAAAAUGUCACGACGCAUCUUAGUUACAUCAGAAACCCCAUUAAAUAUCGUGGAUCAUCCUUAUUAUUGCCACUCGUUCCCAUCCUACUCUAAUGAAUUGGGUACUGACAAAGAUUACCUGAACAUUCGCUUCAUCGAAACUAUUAAUAUAAUUGAAAGGGACGAGAUCGUCGACACGGAUUUUUUAAUCAAUAGGACUUACGCCAGCCCCUUUGAUCAGCAAUUUACGCUGCUAAUGGAGGCUAGCCUGAAUGGCCAAAUAAAAAUUGUAAAGGCAUUGUUUGACAGAUUUAAUGUUGCAGUGGACAACGUGGGAGAUGUAGUACAUUUUGGUUCACUUGUCAAAGGGGCUACAGCACUUUGGUGUGCGGCUGGAACUGGGUCCAUGGAAGUAGUCAAAAUUCUUGUUGAGAAUGGUGCAAAUGUUAACUUUCUUACUGAAACUAAGUCAUCUCCAUUACGAGCAGCUUGUUAUUUAGGACAUCUAAAUAUUGUUGAAUAUUUGGUUGAACAUGGAGCAAAUGUUAAUUUAACCAAUAUAUAUAAUAGUACAUGUCUUAUGAUUGCUUCUCAUAAUAAUCACAAAGAAGUUGUUGAAUAUUUGUUGAGAAAGGGAGCUGAUAUUAAUAUACAAACUAAUUGUGGAUCUACUGCCAUGCACUUUGCUGCACAAGCCGAUAAUUUGGAAAUUGCUAAACUACUCAUAGAAUUUAAUGCUCAACAACUAAAAAAUCGGCAAUCUUUGACUCCAAUUUUGGUGGCAGCCGAAAGAACACAUCAUGAUUUUGUAUAUUGUCUCAUUGAUGAGAUGAGCCAAUUAAAUUUAUCCCGGGAAGAGAUGAUAGAGGCUGAAGAGUUACUAGGUGCUUCGUUUUUGAAUGACAAAGAUCAUUAUGACUUAAGUCGGGGAUAUAAUAUUUUGAUUCGAGCGAUGAAAAGGCGGUACGAGAAGCAUCCAAUUAUAAAUAAAAAAGUUAACAAAACCGUCGAAUGUUACAAUAACAAAGUAGAAUGUCAAACCGUACAAGAGUUAUUAGAUAUAAAAGAUAAUGCUGAAGCUAUACAUUUUGAAUCACUGAUAAUUAGAGAACGGAUUUUAGGAGAAAACAAUCCAGAUUUAUUACAAUCAAUCAUAUACCGUGGUGCUGUAUAUGCAGAUGCACAUAAUUUUACACCUUGUAUACUUCUCUGGAAUCAUGCCUUAAAAAUAGCUAAUCACAAUAAACAUAGCGUCCAAAGAGAUCUUUUACGAUUCACACAGGUGUUUUGUCAAAUGAUUAAAAAUAAUAUUAAAAUCAAAUUAUCAGAUUUAAAGAAUAUUUUACAAUCUGCAUGUGAUGAAUUAAUUAUUAUUAAAAAAAAAUUAUCUGAAGUUGAUUGUUCAGCUGAAAAAGAAUUAUCAAAGAAUGAAUACUAUUCAAACAUGAAGUCGACACUUGGUUUGAUUAUUAUAACCAGUAUCGCAUUAUUACAAAAUAGUAAUAAUGAAGAUCCCUUAGUAGGCGAUUUGAUGAAAGUUAUAGUGGAAAUAAAUAAACUUGAACUUAAAACAAAUAAAGGCCAAACAUUACUUCAUUUGUGUCUUAAUUAUGAUACAAACGUUGACAAUAUUUUCACAACAGGAAUUUGCUGCUUUCCAAACUUUCUUGCAAUGAAAUUAUUAGUUCAUUGUGGAGCAAACGUAGAUGCAGUUGACAAUGAUAAAAAUACACCACUCCAUUACAUUGGUAAAUUCAUAACAGAUUUUCCUCACAUACCACACGACAGUGAUUACUUAGACACAAGAAAAAUGGUCAUGGAGUUGUUGAAUGCUGGUGCUCAUACAGAUUUUGUAAACAAAUUAGGGGUUUGUCCUCAUACAGGAUAUCUGUCGAAUUUAUUUCAUUUAACAAACAAAAUGCCAAGGAGUUUGAAAUGUUUAUCCGCCAGUGUGCUCAAGUACCGAUGUCCAAAAAAAUACUACCGCGAUCAAUUGCCAAAAAUAUUAGUACAAUUUACUAAUUUACAUUAAGUGAUUGAUAGUUAGUAAAAUAUCUAGACAAUAAAAAUAGUACCUUCUUUAUGACAUAUAAAAGUAAAUUAAAAAGUCGUCAUUUUAUGCAGGUCAGCUGUUAGGCAGAUCAAUGAAUGCUUACAGUAGAAUAUUGAAGAGACUUCAUCAUAAUUCAU